UUUCAAUAAAACCAGGACAAUAGUUAUCAGUCAUUAGUCUAGUUAUUAUUUCGUGUACUGUGGAGAUGCUGUCGACACUCGUGGUAGGGAUUCUUCUGGUGGCGGCAUCUACCGGCUUCCGGUUGGGGGGCCAGCGCUCGUGCAGGGUAGUAUUUUGGAAUGAAAAUACUGGGGAAGUUAACACCCAAAACGCAACUUGCUCAUCGGGAAGCAUCGAAUGGCAUUACCCAGCAGGCCGCAUUCGGCUCCAUUUUCCAGACGUCCCUGGCCAACUCUGCAUCACACGUGGCAUCGCCGCAUAUGAUGACGUCAUAUCACGUGUUUACUUGGAGAACGGAGACCAACCUCAGGACCUCCAGUUUGAUUCAGACGGAACAGCAUGCGUCGACCCCCAGGGAGAAGAAGCGACAGUGGUGUUUGUGGGACCUCAAAGCAUGCGCACUUACAUGGCUUCCUUUGGAUACGAAGUCAAAUCCCCAGACCUGGGCGUCUUAGACAGACUCCAUGCAUCCUUCAAUAACUUUGUACAAACAGCAUCUCGUCCGUUUGGUGCUCUUUUCCGAAAAUGGAAUAUCCAGAUGAAUAUCAACCCAUUGUAAAACAUAUGCAUGUACAUCCAAUGCUCACGAUGGCCUAUCGCUGCCUUCAGCAGCAUCAGUUGCAUGUACAUGUAUAUUUGAGUUUCAUUUAGCACAAAACAUUAACAAUGUUAACAAUUCAUUCACAUAUUUUUAUUCAUCUCAGUUUUCUUUUCUUGAUAUAAAGUUUAAAAAUAAAAUGAUUUCCACUACCCAA